AUGAAUUCUAGGUCAUUUAAUAUUUAUAUCCACGUAAAUUCAUUUGACAAUCAUAAUUCCAGGUUUCAGAAUGUAAAUUCUGAUACUACUAGAAAAAAUGAUUGGACGAACUAUUGCAGUUCUAUUCUACAGAAAUAUGAUAAAAUUUUUAAUCAAAAUUUUUAUUCUAUUUGUCUCAAAGUUCUAUAUUAUUUAAAACAGUUAAAGGAAACUAAUGAGGAAUUGGAUAAACAUCUAGGUUGUACAUACAUUUAUUAUUGGCUAUAUAACGAACGUAUUAAUAAUGGAUAUAAAUAUGAUUGUCAAAUACUUUAUGACGAUUUGCUCAAGGUGUAUAAAGAUAAUGUCAAUGAAGACCCUAUAUGCUAUUCUUAUAAUGCAAAAAUUUCUCAAGAUGAAUUAGAAAAAUUCAAAGAUAUAUAUGAUAUGAAUAAAAUAUUAAAUAAUUUAAUAAAUGAAAAUGGAAAAUGUUCUAAUAUAAAUAAAUGUAAUUGCGCAAAGGAAGGUUUUGACAUAUAUAUGCGUCACAAGUAUACAUGUGAAUCAAACAUUAAUCCAGAUUUUUGUAAUGCUUUAAAAAAUAUUAGAGAUAGAUAUAACGAACAAAUGAAAAUUGAAAAAUGUAAUGAAGCACAAAAUGAAUUUCUACCAAUUUUCGAAACGAAUAACAGAACCUUUUCUCCUUCAAUUCCAAUUUUUAUAAUAUUGGCAAUGUCAAUUUUUUUAUUUAAUGUUUAUAAGUUCACCCCUUGUGAAUCGUUUAUUCGUCGUGCUAUAAAAAGGAAAAGAGACAUAUACAAUAACUCAGAUGAGGAACACAAUUUAAUGCAAAAUUAUGAAAUGUGCAACAGCGUUCCAAGAAAUAAGAGGUAUAACGUAUUGUAUAAUUCUUCUUAA